AGGCAACAUGUCCGCCUUCGCGGGAGAGGAAAGCGUGUCAAUUAUUAGUGCUUCAAUUUUUUAGCGAUUACAGCCGGACGAAUGGCACCCACGUCAAGCUAGCCGCGCGAAAUUGACCUCCACGGCGGUGAGGAGAGGAAAAUGAGUUUCUCCGUGAAGAAGACCGGCGGCAGAAUGUGGCACGAGGCACGCAAGCAGGAAAAGAAAAUACGCGGCAUGCUGGUCGAUUAUCGUCGCAGAGCGGAACGUAGACGGGACUACUAUGAAAAAAUCAAAUCAGAUCCUACUCAAUUUCUCCAGCUGCACGGUAGACCGUGUAAGAUACAUUUGGAUCCGGCAAUAGCCGCUGCGGGUGACAGUCCUGCAAACAUGAUGCCAUGGCAAGGCAAUGAAGACAAUCUUAUAGAUCGUUUUGACGUACGAGCGCAUCUGGAUUGGAUACCAGAGCCGCUAGAUACUAUCGAUGUUGAUAUUGCUCUGACAAGCGAAGACAGACAUAUCAACUAUGAACGCUAUCGUAUAAUUGUGCAAAAUGAAUUUCUAGGCGUGACUGAAGAAAAGUUUCUUCACCAAAUACAUUUGGAAGAACAGUUUGGUUCGUCAACAAAGUUAGAUGCUGCAAAAGAUAAGAAGAAAUCUGCUAAUAGCGCUGCCAUCGGAUAUAAUUAUGAAACCGAAGAGCCGAUACCUGAACCGGCAAAAGCAACAGUGGAUCCAGUUAUAUCGGAGGAAAAGGGAGAUGAUGAAGAUAGCGAUAUAGAUUUAGAUAUAUGCGUGGACGUGUCUCAAAUAGAACCAUCUCAGGCACAUGAGAUGAAUUUAGUAGCUCAAAAAUAUGGACUUCUAGGUGCUGAUUACUUUAGCUUUUUAACACAAGAUUUUGAAGAAGCUGAAACCUUGCGACAGGCCCGCAAGCAGGAGGAGGAGAAAGCUAUGUACUCGGGUCGACGGUCGCGUAGAGAAAGGCGUGCAUUCAGGGAAAAGAAGAUGAUAGGUCGCGUUAUGAGUCCGCCUAGUUAUGCAGCCAGGGAAAGCCCGGAGUAUAAUCCUUAUAGAAAAUCCUCUUCCAAAUCGCGAUCGCGAUCCACAUCACCUGUAAAUACGGGACAGAUUACUUACAUCACAAGCUUCGGUGGGGAAGAAGAGACUCAUGGUAGCACAUCACAUGUGUCUUCGUCAAAUUCAAGAAAAGUCAAUUAUUCGUAUCUCAGACGGCGGAGGUCGGACAGUCCUGCUUUCAACGAUAGAACUGUCAGUAGAAAAAUAUCCAAGUCAAGGUCGAGAAGUUGUUCACGUUCCGUUAGUAGGACUAAGUCGUAUAGGACACGUGACAGAAAACGAAGUGGAUCUAGAAUGAGAUCUAGACGCACACGCUCGAGACCUCGAAAGUAUACGAGAUCCCGCACAAGAAGUCGCACCAGACGAUCCCGAACGCGAAGUAAAUCACGAUCGCGUUGUAGAAGUACCAGCAGAUCUCGAUCGCGUUCAGUUUCUCGAUCGAGGUCAAGAUCUAGAUCACGCUCGCGUUUGAAGAGAUCGAGGAGUUCGUCCUCGAGCAGCAUAUCGGCAUCAAGAUCGAGGUCUAAAUCGCAUAAUAGGAGCCCAUCUAGAGACAGCUAUCGGAAAAGACGCUAUUCGCUGUCGAAAUCGAGAUCCAAGUCUCGCUCGAGAUCGAAGUCUCCAUCAAGAUCUAGAUCGAGAUCGAGAAGUCAAUCUAGCUGUAAACGAUCGCGAAGCGAUGAUAAUAAGACGCCAGCACUGCCCAGGUAUUAUGGCCGACGUGGAAAAUCGUCAAGUCUUGAGCUAGAGCUGUCUGAUAACGAAGAAAAAUCCAGUCCAGCAACACCGAAGACUCCGAUAAAUACAAGCGUGAACAAGCCAAAAGCAGGGUUAAGUACAAAUUCUGGUGGCGGACACAAAUCGUUGAAAAUUACACCCCAGGAGCGGCUUAAAAAGAAAAUGCAGGCCCUGUUAAACAGACAGUAUAAAGCUGACAAGAAAGCCGAGCAGUUGAGAAUCGAGAAGAUGGAGCAACAGAGACAGGAUCGGGAAGACGAGAUUCGAGAAAUGUCUUUGAAACUCCGCAGAAAACAAAGAGAACGGAGACAUCGUUACGAAGGCCACAGUUCCGACACGCGGUCUUCCGUGUCUCGUACACCAAGUCCGAGCCGUAGUCCGAGACACCAUCCCGUACGUCGCGAUAGGCGAGACAUGGACGGCGAUCGCGAGCGGGAUAGGGAGAGAGAUCGGCGCGAUGAUCGUGACCGGGUAAGUGACACUUGUGCGAGAGGUGAUAAAACAGAUGAAAGUGGACCUGCAUUAAAAGUAUUUAUCAACAGCGCAGAUUCGGCAGGAAAUAUUCUACUUGCAGGACACGUUUCUUACACUACUAUUGUGGCUGAUGAUUUGACGUCAAUAAUGGAGAAUCUAAUCUUUUGGAGUGAUGAAAAUAAAGUUGACGUUAUUCUCACUACUGGCGGUACUGGGUUUUCCGAAAGAGAUGUUACACCUGAGGCGACCAAAAAAGUUAUCCAUAAAGAAGCUCCCGGAUUGUCUUUAGCGAUGCUCAUGUCGAGCUUAAAAAUAACUCCACUGGCGGUGCUUUCUCGAGCUGUGUGCGGAAUAAGAAACAAAACACUGAUUGUUAAUCUGCCUGGUUCACGUAAGGCUGCAAUAGAGUGCUUGACUGCAAUCGCACCUGCUAUUCCGCACGCCGUAGAUUUGAUCUUGGAUAAUAAAGCGAAAAUUAAAGAUACGCAUAACAUUGUGCAACGUAAUACCACAUCUUGUUCGCAUGAUCAUCUUUGUACAGUGAAUUUUGAGAAUGUAGCAACGCGCCUUAGAGAAUCCCCGUUUCCUAUGAUUUCUGUCGAGGAAGCGGUGUGCAUAAUACGCACGAGUGUAGAGGAAAGAAGCGUUGAAACUGUGAAUGUAAAAGAUGCCUAUGGUAGAAUAUUAUCUGAGGACAUAUAUUCCUAUUGCAAUUUGCCGCCAUUUAGGGCUUCCAUAAAAGAUGGAUAUGCGGUGUUGGCAAGCGAUGGAAAAGGCAGAAGGAAGGUGUUAUGUGGUAUAAAAGCAGGGACUGCACCCGCUCUGGUGUCUCUUGAACCUGGCACUUGUGUACGCGUGAACACUGGAGCGCCUGUUCCCAACGAAGCGACGGUUGUACAAGUUGAAGAUACAAAACUGAUAUUGAAGAGCGCUGAUGAUACGGAGGAGGACGAAAUUGAAAUAAUGACUGAACCGAAAGAGGGACAAGAUAUUAGACCUGUCGGUUGCGAUAUAGAAAAGGGAAGUUUAGUGUUAAAUUCAUACACGAGUAUUGGUCCGGUGGAAUUAGGACUCCUAGUGGCUUGCGGCUGCAAACACGUUGCAGUUACUAAACUCCCUUGUAUAGGUGUACUGUCCACUGGAGAUGAAUUGCAAGACGCUGGAGAGCCUCUAGGACCAGGGCAGGUCUACGAUAGCAACAGAAUAACUUUAAUCUCGCUAUUAAAAGAGAAUGGCUUCAAUGCUUUGGAUUGUGGAAUUGCGACUGAUGACGCGAUGGAUAUGAUAAGUAAAAUCAAGGGAGCUUUAGAAAAAGUAGAUGUACUUGUGACAACGGGCUCUGUGUCAAUGGGCGAUAGAGAUUUGUUGAAGCCUAUAUUAGAGAGACAUUUCAAAGCUACCAUACAUUUUGGACGCGUAAAUAUGAAACCGGGAAAACCAACGACAUUUGCAACGUGCACAUUCUUAGACAAAACCAAAUAUUUGCUAUGCUUGCCGGGGAAUCCGGUGUCUGCUACUGUUACCGCGCAUUUAUUCCUCUUACCCCUUCUGAACGAAAUGCACGGCAACUUUUCGCAGCCAGUCAUAGUGAGAGCUAAGUUAACGUCGUCGUACAAUUUGGACCCGCGUCCUGAAUACGCAAGAGCGUAUCUCGAAUGGACUCACGAAGAGGUGCUCCCGAUGGCCUACAGCACGGGAAAUCAAAUCAGUAGCAAGUUAAUCAGCUGCAAAGGUGCUAACGCGCUCCUGAUGCUGCCAGGGCGAACAGCGGAGAAACAGACGUUGAAUGUAGGUGACACUGUGCCGGCGAUGCUCAUUGGUUUUAAAUAAAUAAUAGAGAUAUACGUUUAAUAUAUAAACAUAUUUUGUCAUAUUGUUAGAAAAUUAUUUUUGGGAUACUCUUAGGAGCUUUAGCCCUUUUGUUCAAAAUAAAAUCUUCAUGAAAA